CAAUGGCACCACUAGUAUUAAAACUCGCUCACUAAGCGGCUUAGCGAGCGGUGACCUUUCUGGAGCUCACUGGACACUAGAUAAGAUAUAAAUGUAUAAACAAAAAUUGUGUCAACAGCCACUCAUGUAAAAAUGUUUGUAUAGAAAUAAAGGUAAAAGUAAUUAAUACAUGCUUCAUUGUGAAAAUGAAUUCAAGCAGACAAUGUGCCGACUCUAUAAUUAUAGAUGUUCCCACAGAUAAUGGCCAGGUUAGACAAUGAUAAAGAACGUAUCACAGAUGAAAAGAAUAUUCUCUGUGGCGAUGGUAUGAAAGAAUAUCUUGAGCCUAGAUUCGAGUGUCCUAUUUGUUUAACUUGGCUACGUGAUCCAGUUUUAACAUCUUGUGGUCAUAAAUUCUGUUCGCAAUGUAUAUACACUUGGCUUCAAAAGGAAGGGGCUUGUUGUCCUGUUGAUAGUCAACCACUUAAAUCAGAAAGUGAUUUAUUCAGAGAUUUGUAUACAAGCAGGGAGAUAUCUCAGCAACGUACACCUUGUCCUUACCAAAAUUUUGGGUGUGAGAUUAAGUUAUCUCCUGUUGACAUGGAGGCACACAUUGAUCAAUGUGUAUAUAAAAGAAGUCUCUCAAAUGCACAAAAUAUUUAUUGCCACUUUAAAAAAGUUGGAUGCAUAGAGACUUUCAGUGUAGAAGAAGAUUUACAUACACACUUAGAAACAAAUAUAAAUCUUCAUUUAACUAUGGUUUUAAAGACACUACCUCAAGUAUCCAUUACACAAACUCAUCCUAAUGCAGUAGCUGCUGAAUCUAAGUUAUGGGAUCCACCACCAAAAAGUGGAACAUCCUCAGAAAAUAAUGAACCAUCAUUAGAGUGGCAGCACUUGUUAAAGAAUUUGUAUGAAAGAAUAGUUGUCCUGGAACAGCAAAACAGAGAACUGUCUAUAACUGUUUCUAAUCAAAAAACACAGCUUACAACUUUGCAGACAUCUUUACGAUUUAACCAAGAAGAAAUGUUUUUGCGCAGUUGUAAUGGUGUUUAUAUUUGGAGGUUACAUUCCUUCCAUGAAAAGCUUGACAGUAUGAUCAAUGAUCCAUUAAAAAUGUUUUAUAGCCCUGGUUUCUACACGAGUCCUAAUGGUUAUAAAAUUUGUGCUAGAAUUAAUGUGUCUUCUAAAGAUCCUGAGUUUGUAUCAUUGCUUCUGCAUAUAAUGAAAUCGGAAAAUGACGAUGGUUUAGAUUGGCCGUUUAAUGGUACAAUGUAUUUUAUUUUGGUACAUCCGCAUGAUUGGGAGAAAGACAUACGAGAAAUAACUUCAUCAAGACCAGAUCUUGAAGCAUUUAGGAAACCAGUAUGCGAAUUGAACAAGCGGAGUUUUGGUUAUACAGAAUUUGUACGAAUACGAGACUUAACAAAUUUUUUGCAAAAUGAUUGUUUGAUCUUUAGGAUAGAAGUUCGUGUUCAAGAUCGAUUUAAAAUACCAGUAUAAUGUAAUAAUGUUAAUUGUGUUAGGAAAUCACUAAACAGAAUCCGUCCUUUUAUCAUACGAUAAAAAUUAAUUUUUAUCUUUUUAUUGUGAAUAUAUUUGUACUAUAAAUAAAGAUUUAACCUAUAAAAUAA